GACUUUAUGAAGUAGUUGUCACACUCGGGCGGUCGUCAUGUGAACAGCGAUCAGGUUCAACUACCGUAGUCGCGUGUCGGCAUUCAAGCCAAUUUGUGCCAAUACUUGGAGGAAACUAUUUGGGAGACAACGUUGAAUAAAGACGGAAGCCUGCGACAGGUCGCCGAUUUACUGACAUGAGCUCCCCGAUAUGCAUGGCAACAUUCUAGGACAGAGUUCUCUCAGUUGUGCAAGGAGUCAAAAGGGGAAAGGAGACAUUGGUAACAAUCAGACAGGAUGGGCGAGACGGAGGAUGAGCGAACCGCUAAGGCUAGUCAACUCUUUGAGAACUUUGUCCAGAUGUCCACAUGUAAAGGAACUCUGCAGGCCUUCAGUAUCCUCUGCAGGCAGCUGGAACUGGAUCCGCUGGAUUAUAGCAAUUUCUACAGCUCACUGAAAGCAGCAGUCAACUCCUGGAAGGUCAAACCUCUGUGGACCAAAUUGGACAAGAGGGCACAGCAAAAAGUGUACAGCCAGAAUAAAGCCUCUCAAGGAACUAGGUGUCUGAUCAUUGGUGGCGGACCUUGUGGUCUGCGGACAGCCAUCGAGCUGGCUUUGCUGGGUUGUAACGUGGUGGUGAUUGAGAAGAGGGACGCGUUCUCCAGGAACAAUGUGCUUCAUCUGUGGCCAUUCACCAUUGAAGACCUCAGAGGCCUUGGUGCUAAGAAGUUCUAUGGCAAGUUCUGUGCUGGGUCCAUCGAUCAUAUCAGUAUCCGUCAGCUCCAGUUGAUGCUGCUUAAAAUUUGUCUCAUUCUGGGCAUUGAAGUUCAUGUCAAUGUGGAAUUCAUUAAACUUGUUGAGCCACCAGAAGAACAGACUGACGACAGUCCGAGUUGGAGAGCAGAUAUCCAGCCUUCAAAUCACCCCGUCUCAGACAUGGACUUUGAUGUGGUGAUUGGAGCUGAUGGACGCAAAAACACAUUAGAUGGUUUCAGGCGCAAGGAGUUUCGAGGAAAGCUCGCCAUUGCUAUUACGGCAAACUUUGUCAACAGAAACACCACAGCAGAGGCCAAAGUGGAGGAGAUUAGUGGAGUUGCCUUUAUCUUCAACCAGAAGUUCUUCCUUGAACUCAAGGAAGAAACAGGAAUUGACUUGGAGAACAUUGUUUACUACAGAGACAACACUCAUUACUUUGUCAUGACUGCAAAGAAGCAGAGUUUGCGGGACAAAGGGGUCAUUAUUGAUGAUUAUGUAGAAACGGAUCGUUUACUAAGCACUGACAAUGUAAACCAGGAAGCAUUGCUCUCGUAUGCCCGAGAGGCAGCUGAUUUUGGCACAAAUUACCAGCUACCAUCACUGGACUAUGCUAUCAACCACUACGGCCAGCCAGAUGUGGCAAUGUUUGACUUCACCAGCAUGUAUGCCUCGGAGAAUGCUGCUCUGAUCAGGGAGAAACAUGGACACCAGCUACUGGUUGCACUAGUGGGAGAUAGUCUGCUUGAGCCUUUCUGGCCGAUGGGUACAGGUUGCGCGCGAGGUUUUUUGGCAGCUUUUGACACGGCUUGGAUGGUGAAGGCCUUUGCACAGGGGAAGAGCCCUCUGGAAAUUCUGGCAGAGAGGGAGAGCAUCUACCGGCUACUUCCCCAGACCACACCAGAGAACAUCAGUAAAAACUUUGAUCAAUAUACCAUUGACCCUGCAACCCGCUAUCCCAACCUUAACUCCAGUAAUGUUCGCCCCCACCAGGUGCGCCACCUGUUCAAUGAUGGCAAACAUGACUCUUCUCACUUUGAAGGUCCCAUAGGUAGACCUGUCUACCUUUCCAGAGAAUCUGAGGUGUGCCCCAACAGGCUGCUGACAUGGUGUCAGAGACAGACUAAUGGCUAUAGAGGGGUCGACAUCACCAACCUGACAUCCUCCUGGAGGAGUGGCCUUGCUCUUUGUGCACUCAUACAUAGGCAGAGGCCUGAGCUCAUCGACUAUAACUCCCUUUAUGAGGAUGACGUGGCAGCAAACAAUCAAUUGGCAUUUGAUGUGGCUGAGCACCACCUCGGGAUUCAGCCAAUGACGACUGGAAAGGAGAUGGUCGCUGGGGCUGAACCAGACAAGCUGCUAAUGGUUUUAUACUUGUCCAAGUUUUAUGAAGCCUUCAGGAACUUGCCUGGAAACAAAAAAGGAGCAAAAGAAAGGAAUGAAAAUAUUGAAAGACAAACAGGACAAAGCCAACCCAGGAAGAGGAUCCCAAAGGAUGACAAAAAAAUGGACGAUGAUUCAAUUAAUAAAAGGCGACGCAAGGGUAACCUCACAAAGUUAUCCUGUCACAGUGCGCCCUCAGCCGGUGAAGAUGGGAAACUGCGGGAGAACAAGGUCCGAUCCAUGGCAACCCAACUGCUGGCCAAAUUUGAGGAGAACGCGGCAGAAAAAAUGCAUGGCAAGCCCGAGGAUGACCUACCUAGCCUGCCCUUUUCUUCAUCUCUGUCACCUUCCUCCACCCCACUUCCUCUCUCAAAUGAGGAGGAGGAGGAGGAGGGUGAAAAUCCCCGCUUUGCAAAGCCCAAAGAUACUCCCCCUCCUCCUCCUCCUCUUUCUCUGCGCCGCAAAUGGCAGCCUUCCAUCUACCUCCGCUUACUGGAGAAUCCUGAUUCUUACUCAAAACGCGGCAGUCGCUCUCCUUCACCCUCACACGCCGGUAGCCCAUUGCGCUCACCAAGCCCUGAACGACACUACGCAGAAUGCACCUCUCCUGUAGCUAAAGCCAGCCAUUAUUCUGCCUCUGCUCUGUUGGACACUGAUCUUUCCUCACCAAGGUCAGAGGAGGAAAUGCAACAGAAUCAAGCUGAGAGGCUGUCUGCUAGACAGUUUGCACAAAAGACGAUAAAGGAAAGAGCUGUCCUCCUUUCGUCCUUGUUUACUGGCUCCGACAAACCUACUCCUGCUCAUUUUCCCUCUCUUCCUCAAGCACAGGUUGAACUAUCUACCUCUGUCCCGCCUAUUCCUCCAUCUAUAAGCACAAAAAUCUACCCUAUGGUCCACCCUGUCCCUGACCCCACUGCCCAGGCUGGUUUCUUUAACCCUCUUCACCUCAAGCACAAGAAAGAAUCUCCCUUUCCCAUGUUUCACGUGGACUCUGAAAGUUCACAGCAAACUAGUCAUGCGGAUUCCUUGUCUAGUAACCGCAAAGUCCCCACUGAAAUAUCUGGUUCGAAUGCAAGCCAGGAUGCCACAUCACUCCCUGAAAACAACUUUUCUUCAAGUCCAGUUUUUUCUCUGUUAAACAAAGAUACAGGGACUCAAUACAGGCCUCAGGGCCGCCUCGAAACACAGCAAAUCCACAAAACUUCGAAUGAGACAUCGGAGAGCCACAAAAAUUGUAUAAAUGCAAAGUGCAAUGGAAGUUCUGUUCUCAAAGACCAUAAAGGAACCGUUCGAAAAUCAGUCAUUCGUUCUGAGAGUUGUCCAACUGGAGCUCCGAGCUACAGUAAAGAGCGCACAGUUGGAAAGGUGUCUUCAGCCAUAGAUGCUAAAGCCCAAAUGCUAGCCAUCCUCUAUGAGACAGAUCACAGGCCCAGUGCUGCGAUGUGUGUGGGACGUAAGGAAUUCCAGUCUGGACUUGGUGGCAGCGACAUCUGCCAUUUCUGCUUGAAGCGUGUGUAUGUCAUGGAGAGACUGAGUGCUGAAGGCUACUUCUUCCACCGAGAGUGUUUCCGCUGUGACGUCUGUAACUGCACACUACGACUGGGCGGCCACACCUUCAACUCGUAUGAGGCAAAAUUCUACUGUAAGAUGCAUUAUAGUCAAUACCAGUCCAGUACACACUUCAGGAAAAGAAAGGACAACCACAAUCACGUCACAGCGUUGGUGCUAGACAAAGAGAGAAACCCAGUGACAAGCGACAUCCAGACACAACCUCCAGACAGGUCAUCUAACAUGCAUUCGCAGCAUGCCGAUAGAAGUUUGACAGCUGGUCCCGGAGAAACAUUCAUGGCUGUGGAAACCCUCGAUGUGCCCAGCAUAGAAAAGCCUGCAGAGCAAGAUGUCACAGAGGCAAAGGGGGCUGAAGGUCACUGUAAGACCAAACACAGUCCUUUUUGGAAGCAAAGAAUCAGAGCAACAUUCCCUUUGACAUUUGUCAAAAGCUUCCAACGAAGCCGGCCCCGGCACAAAGACGGACCGGAAACUGUUCCUGAAGUGGAUUCUGACUUUGAGGAGAUUGAGUCGGCUGAAAAGCAAACAACCUCAAAAGCCAAGACACCAGCUGAUCCCAAACACAGAAUUGAGAAGAGCGAAAAGCAUCCAAAGCACACAACAUGCAACUUGGACUGUCCAAAGAAAUGCUUGAUCUUAUCUCCCAGUGAGAAAGAGAGACUCUUGAACUGGGACACUCAUUCACUUUCAGAGGAAACUUCACUUGAUCCAGAUGCCAAGACCCCAAAGCAACACCAGGUCCAAGCAGAGAGAGAGGCAGAUCAGCCACAGGCAGAUUCCGGCCAGCAUGGAGAACUAACUGAAAGCCAAUUUGCCAGUGCCUCCUCCCUCUCAGCAUUCCAGCUUAUUGCCAACGCCUUCAGGAGGACAUUUGGUGUGACCAAUCCUUCCAGCAGCUCCAACACAGCCCCCACAAUAAGGCCCAGACAUGACGGCCAACGCAGACGCAGGCCUAUGUCAGAAGGAGAGUUGCAUUUUCCCAUUGCUGAACCAGAGUUAUCCAAAGAGAAGAAAGCUAGAAACCACAAGGCUGGGCCGGAGCUGCCGUCUCUGCAGCAGCAAGUCUGCUUGAAGGGCCGCAGAAACUCUGGAAGGGUUUUCAAUGAUGACGUUUCGUCACUGCCUUCCAGGAAAGUUACCCUCUUCUCUUCCCUGAGGCUUCGGAAGAGGGAGUCAUCAGAGAGUGACAGGAAGGACCAGGAGCUCCAAAAGGAAAUCAGGAUGAUACUUAUCAACCUGAGAAACAAAGCUUCCAGUCAGCAGAGUUUGGAGGAGCCCAGCUCAACUGAUGAUGAAUGCGAAUCGACUCAUAUGACGGUGUCUUCAAAAAGACAACAAAAGAGGCAAGAAAAGACAGUGGCGCUGCAGGCCAAACAAGAACAAUUAAAGAGGUUGCAUAGAGCUCAGGCGAUUCAGCGGCAACUGGAGGAGGUUGGAGAGAAACAAAGAGACCUGGAGGAGAGAGGAGUGGCCAUAGAAAAGGUUAUAAGAGGAGAAGCAGGCACUGACAAUCAGGAAAAUGAUGGUGACCAAGCCCACCUUUAUCAAUCCUGGUUCGAACUGGUUUUGGAGAAGAACAGACUAGCACGAUACGAGUCUGAUCUCAUGAUCUUUGCUCAGGAGCUUGAAUUGGAGGACAUCCAGGGCCGACUGCAGCAAGACCUUCGACGCAGGAUGAGUAAAGACGAUACAAAGAAGAGUGCCUCUGAGCUCCAGAAGGAGCAGGUGAUCCUAUCUGAGAUUAUGAGGACAGUGGAGAAGAGGGACAUGCUGGUGUCUAAACUUGAGGAGCAAAGGCUGAUGGAGAGAGCUCAAGACCGAGACUUGGAAAGCCUUGUGCUGUCUAAAGGCUACCAGUUCCAUUGGGCCCAGGCUAAUGACAGCUUGGAGUCACAUGAGGCAGUGCUGAAGGGUGACUAUUAAAAAGACCAGGUCAGAUGUCCUAAGACUAUGCGCAACACUAGACAAAGUAAGAAAAGUUAACUUUCUAUUUAGCUUUUUGUCAUUCAUAGCCUUCAUCCAAGUCUUGCCUAUCAUUUUUUUUAAUCAAUGAAAGAGACUUGAAAGGAAGACUCAAAAUCAAACGAAUGACGUAAAAGAAAAAGCUAACAAUGUCAAUGUACUUUAUAUUUACUACUUCUGAUCAUGACUGACUGCCUUUUCGCACACUUUAUAAUGCAACUGGCCUGAGGCCACAACUGCUAUUUUGUUUUUUUUAUAUACGUAUAUAUACCUAUAUAAGAUAGAUUGGUGACAAAUACGUCUUAUUGUAGGCUACAUAGUCACAUUUUAUCACAUGGACUAACCAAACUCUUUACUUGGGGUUUCAGUUUUUCACAGCUAGAAUUUUGUAAUUGCAUAAUGAAUCCACAGAUGUACAGUAUAUUGUGUUCAUUAAUAUAUGUAUGUUUGUUUACUGUGUGUUUAUGCGUGUAAAACUGUUUUUACGCUGCCAUCAUGACAAAUUGGUGCAUCACUGGUGUAACGGUAGAGCCGGUAUUUAAUAGCGGGUCCCUUUCAAACAAAACUCAAACUUCUGUUAUGGAAUUACUUUUCAUUUACAGUAAUUAUAUUCAAAAAGUCAUCAGUGCAUUGCUUUCAACACAAAGGUGCGUGAACGUUGAAUCUUGUGGGGUAAACCUCUUUAUCCAUUUAAGUACCUGCUGCAUAUUGCCUCCGUCACGCCUCUGAUACUACCUCAGAAAGAGGCAAAUUUGCAGGUCCAAUUUACCCUUCAUCAUGCACCCAAUCAAGAAAAAGACUGUUAAAAGCAGACAAAGAGGGUCAUUAUGAAAGUGGCUGCAGUCUCAGAAGGUGUUUUGUUUUUUCAUGUCGCACUCAUUUAUUUGUAAUGUAAUGUGAGAAAUAGGUGAACAGUAAGGCGAUUCACUCUUUCAUGUACAGUAUAUCGAGCCAAUCAGUGAUGCAGUGACCAGAUAAAUUGCUACAUGGUUGAAAAUGAGUGUAUCUAUCCUAUAUAGCUGUGAAUUUAGCCAGCCACUACUGGUUAGCCAAACUGUAUGGGCUAAGAGGAUGUCUGUUUAGUGGUAUUAUUUGAUGUUUCUUCAUGUUUUUACUUUAUACCAUAUGGUUUGUUUUAAAAGGAGCUCAAUCUAUAAUAAAAUGUAUUUAAAUCUAU